UCGACGCGCGCGCCUCGUCCUAUGCGCGGGAGGAUCGAAUCGUCGUACGGUUUUCUUCGGAAAUCUUCUUCCGAGUGUCCUCGAACGGGACGUAUUCUUGUCCGGGUUUGCGACGCGUUGAAACGUCCGAUCGAAGCGCGAGUUGCCCUGAAUAAUCAUCAUCAUCGUCGUCGUCGUCGUUGCGCGAUCGAUAUCGAUCCGAUUGUCGACUCCUGCCGCGGUCGGGCCGUUGAGGGAUAGUGCUCGUUCGCAAAGUGACACGCGCGAAGUGCUCCCUCGGUCGACAAAAGCGAACCCAGUGACGGGCGAGAAAAAGGAGUAACUGUGCGCGAUUAUCGGCACGUCCGAAUUUCGUUUCGACGGGGGUAGUGGUGACAAUGCGGAGCAUGCUCGAGGACGACGCGGCGGGGAGUUGCUUCCCGGGCUCGAGUGAAUAGCGAGAGGGUCGUAGAUCGUCGCGACCGCCGAUGACAGCCCCGUGACACCACGUGUUCGCGACGUCAUUUCAAGACGAAGACGAAGACGACGGGUACGGUGACAUUGGCGCCAGGACGAUCUGUCGCGGCGGUGAUGCCGUGAUGCGUGUAACGCGUGUGCUAGCUGGAUCUGGCAGUGCGUUCUGAUCGAGUGUUGAGGGAUUAACGGCUCAGGGCGUCGCCUGAGUUUCAUACGAGACACGAGCCACCUUAGGAUGGUGCGAGGGUGAAAUUCGAGGGUGAAGAGACGUUCGCCAGUAUGCUGCGGAUAUUGAUAGUGGUGACUUGUAUCGAGGCAUCGACGCUCGCCAGUGCACAGUCGAAAGGAACCACUUCCUUCGACGACGAUGCAAACAGCGACGAACCUGACCACCCGAUACCUAUGGAGUCGAUACAGGGGGUGGCGGGGCAGAAGGCGAUUCUGCCGUGUAACAUACAGCCCCGGGAGUCGAAUGACGCUGUCUCCAUGGUGCUCUGGUUCAAAGAGGACAGCGGCGAACCUCUGUACAGUUACGACGCGAGGAGCCGGCAGUUCGGCAAGGCGAAAUUGUGGAGCGCUUCGCAUUUUUGGGGCCAACGGGCGACCUUUCGGCCGAACCCGCCGGCGCAGUUGACAGUUUCGGAUCUUCGGGAGAGUGACGAGGGGGUUUACAGGUGCAGGGUCGACUUUCGGAACUCGCCGACGAGAAACUUCAAAGUUAACCUCACCGUUAUCGUGCCACCGGCGAAGCCGAUAAUCUAUGACGCGAAGAGGCGAGACAUGAGCAAACUCCUCGAGGCUUAUCCGGAGGGAGCCGACUUGUUCCUGGUGUGCGAGGUGCACGGCGGCAAACCUCGGCCGCAGGUCUCGUGGUAUCUGGAGUCGCAGAACAUUCACGCGCCCACCGAGAUUCGGGAGACUCGAGGACCGAAUAGCGAGGCCAACGUCGUAACCAUCAGCAACGUGACUGUGAAGGCGCUCACGAGGAGGCACCAUCACGCCAAGCUGUCCUGCCGAGCGAAUAACACACAAUUAGCACUGCCACCUAGCACCUCUGUCAUCAUAGAGCUUAACAUGAAGCCGCUCAAGGUAGAGAUUUUGGGGAAGGAUCAGAUUCUAUCAGCGGGGAAGACGUACGAUGUGAAGUGUCAGAGCAUCGGCUCGAAGCCACCGGCCGUUCUGACGUGGUGGAAAUCCUCGAAGCAGCUGAGAGGACAGAAGAAAAACGACGGCGUGAGUCUGCUGCAAUUCACGCCAACGGUGGAGGACGAAGGGAAGUUCCUGGUGUGCCGUGCCGAGAAUCCGAAGCUGCCGGAAGCCGGCAUCGAGGACCGAUGGAAGCUGAGGGUGCACUUCGCGCCUAUCGCCAGUUUGAAGAUGGGCUCCACCUUGAAUCCGAAGGACAUCAAGGAGGGCUCCGACGUUUACUUCGAGUGCAACGUCAGGGCGAAUCCCAGGUCGUACAAGCUGACCUGGUUCCACGAGGAGGAGCAGCUGCAUCACAACGUCAGCACCGGCGUGGUGCUGUCGGACCACUCGCUAGUGCUGCAGAGCAUAACUCGAGAGUCCGCCGGAGGGUACACCUGCAUGGCCGCGAAUGCCGAAGGCCGCGCCAAGUCCAACGUAGUCAAUCUCGAGGUUAUGUUCGCGCCCGUUUGCAAGCACGUGCUCAACUCAGGCGGCUGGCGGCACCAGAACGCCACUCCACCGCCGUUUAACGUGCCCGAGGAGGUGCACGGCGCCCUGAAGCACGAGACCAUAAGUCUGAUCUGCGAAGUCGAGGCCAGCCCUACCACGGUGACCUUCCAUUGGACCUUCAAUAGCAGCGGCGACCUCAACGACGUUCCGUCCACCAAGUACACCAGCCAUGGCACCAUCAGCAGGCUCAACUACACCCCGUCCACUGAUAUGGAUUACGGGGUCCUGGGCUGCUGGGCCAGUAACGCGGCCGGCCAUUCUAAACAACCCUGCCUGUACCAGGUCAUCGCCGCAGGCAGACCUUACCCGUUGCAGAACUGCACCACCUACAAUCAGAACGGCUCCUGGGUGAGGAUAUCCUGCGUCGAGGGAUACGAUGGCGGUCUGCCGCAGAAAUUCGUCGCCUUCGUGGAUAAACGGCGUCUGGAGUCCCCGAGCCCUUACUGGGAGUUCGAGCUGUCCAAGCCGACGAAGAUCACUCUUUACGCGGUAAACGCGAAGGGCUCCAGUGAGCCGUUCACCAUAGCAGUCCCCUUGAAAGGGGUAGCCAAGUUCACCGGCGAAUCGACGUCCUCGGUCGACAUGUCACCGAUUCUAAUCGGGCUGGGGGGCACAGCGACCGGCCUGGGGUUAAUCGUGACCGGUGUGCUAAUGGCACUCUGGAGGAGGCACGCGGCCACUCCCACGAAGCCAAAGCCACCCCAGCAACCGAGCAUCGCGACUUUCGCCGGCAAAGGUGAAGAAGAAGACGGCAAUCCGGAUCUCAUCCCCACGACGGUCUUGACUAAUCAUCUCACUGACAGAAAGCUUCCUCGUUACGGGUCCCUGCCGCGAAGACCACGUCAGCUGGAAGGACGCGAGAUGUCUCACGACGUCCUAGAAGAUUCAGAUUAUCCAAGAGCAUCGCCAAACACGUUCUACAGCCUUCAGAGGCCGCACUCGGAAUCGAUCAGCAGGAGCAUCCAAGAGAGCUGCAUUUAAGGGUCAAACAGCGGCUGGGACAUCGAGGAGAGAAGUAGGCGGCGGUCUAGACGGACGAACGAGAGGAUCCAGACGGUCUGCAUCGCCUACUUCUGGGUCGUCGACCAUCGUUCAACAGGGUAUACGAGGCCCCUGGACCAUGGCUGAUGGUGAUUCGCGGGGAAACGAGAACAUACACACAUACACGCUCGCGCCGCUUUCUCACAGGCUCAAGCGUACGGAGGAAUACAUUUAUAGCCACUUGAUUCACACUACGCCUUUGUAAAUAUUGUAUAUAA